AUGUCCGCCGUUCCAGACGUUCAGCGUCCUUCUCGCAAAGGCAAGGAACGAGAUCAGGCAAACUUUGACUUUGCCGAAAACUUCCAAGAUAAACUCAUCGCAUUCAGAAGAAAUGCUGCUGGACCGCCACGACCAAAGGAGAGGCAGCAAAUGCCCGCUCUACAGCAUUCUGCACCACAACCAUCUCCAGCUUCCCCUUCCAAACCAUCUUCGUCGAGGUCCAAGCCAUCGAACCACUCGCCGCCAUCGCCUCGAAAGCUGCACCCUAUCACCCAGCAUCAUCCAUCGAGAAGCUCGCCGGGCGAGGCAGAUCCAGAAGACUUCUCGCGUCUCAGAAUCUCGUCUCCACCGAAUACACGACCAUCGCCGACACAUAGGCAUGUGGGACCGUCGAAACUCUUCAACCCCGAUACAGAUCCUAUUCCAAUGCGUCGAACCGCCGAGCCAGAAUCUAUAUCCGACGCCACUAGUAGUUCUUAUGCGCCCCGCCGCGAGGUUAACGGCACUUCGACUGCGGCCCAAUCCUCUCAUCAUCUUCGCGACGGCCCGCCGAGGCAGCUAUUCGACCACCGUAAAGACGAUCCAGUCCGUUUCUCUGUUCUCUCUCGCCCAAACGGUCGCCCUACGCCCACGCCCAAAUCUUCUGGAGAAUAUGUAUCUGCUUCAUCGGCGUCUUCGUACGCUGCUUCGACGUUGUCUUCGUCGUUCACUUUGUCGUCUGAUACGACCAGUGGAUCCUCCGCCUCCGCACUCUUUGACAACCGAAGUAAGCCGAGCAGUGAUUCCAGUACCAACAACAAAUUCGCUUUGCAGCUGAAGGGGUUAUAUCGAAACAUAACAGAAUUGGAGACCCAGAUAAAAAAGGAUGACGCGACAGACGAUUCCAACGAGAGCAACACUAGGAUCAUGUUGCAGGGCAAGGAAACGACGGACGAGCAGUUCGAGAGGGAAAGAUGGCGGAAGCAGAUAGCUGAUCAUAAGAUGCUGGCAGAAAUGAUGCACAAUUUGCUCGAAAUCUCCCUCGCCCCCACAGUUCCCGCCUCCCUCCGCAAUAUACCCGUCAAAUAUAACAUCAUCGUCCGCUUGUGGAGUUACGGCUUCCACAAGCUCCUCGAAUCACUUCGACGGGCAUCGUUUACUUCGCCUCUUGCUCUCGAACAUCUGCAAGAUUUUAUUUACUACGCUUACACAUUCUACACCGGCCUGUACGAGGAACAAACCUUGAUCAGCUUCAAGAGCGGUUGGCUCGAGGCUCUCGGCGACCUAGCGCGCUAUCAGAUGAUCGUAGCGACGAUGGUACAAAGUAAUUUUGGCCACGGCGCGCUUCUUACUACGGAUGCGCUUUCAAGAGUACCUGCGGAUAACGCAGACAAGGAAGAAACGUCGGGUCUGGAGGAUACACAUUCGGAUAGCGACAUUCGCCACCAGGAACCUAGUGUCGGAGUCGCAGCUGCUCGGCUGAUGGAGGUCGAGCCGGAGAAGGAGCGGUGGAGGAAGAUCGCGCAGGGGUGGUAUGGCAAAGGUAUCGCGGAUACACCCGGGAAUGGGAGACUGCAUCAUCAUCUCGGUCUGCUCUCCCGUGAAGCUGAGGGCGAAGAGCUCAGGGCUGUCUAUCACUUUGUCAAGAGCAUGACCACCCUCCAUCCAUUUCUCACAUCGCGUGAAACUAUUCUCCCCGUAUGGUCUAUCGCCCUACAGGCCCGCCGCUCCCUUCCCGAGGCCCGUGCCCCAGACCUAUUUGUACUUCUCCAUGGUAUGCUCUUCACAAAUAUCGAGCUUGACAAUUUCCAGCCUACCCUGGCCCGAUUCCUGGAGCGGCUCGCCAUUGAGGGGGCGGAAGACAAGGAAUGGAUCAUGAUGGCAGUGGUCAACAUCGGUGCCGUGCUCGAGUACGGUAAGCCUGGUGGCGUGUUAAAGAAAGCAGGUGCUAUAGGAGGGAAAGACGUUUCCGGCACAACCACCAGGGUGAUGAUGACCAAGGACAGAGAACACGAUAAGGAUCGGAUGGACAUAGAUGAUGCGCCCUCACAUCCGACACCGCCUAGCUCAGAGGCCGAAGCUGAAAUCGUCACCCCUGUAGUCUUCUCACUUGCCUUGCAGCUGACCUUUGCCAUGCUCUCCCAUGUUCUUCGCAACCCGAUACGAGGCGAUACGAUGAAUCCCUAUCUUACUGUCCUCAUGACCUUCUUGGCCACGAUCUUGAAGGAGGAAAAGGCACUGAAAAUCCUCGAACGCAAUAUCCCAUGGGCGGAACUCGCUAAAUUCUUUUCGGGCAUACCAAGCCGCAUCAUGAAGAAACAACAGCUGGACCAAGUGGUGACUCAUGGUGAGCGAUGGGUGAUGCUUAGCAGCAAAUGCACACCUCUCCGAGAAGAUUGGUGUUUGAGAGCAAUGGAGUGGGUCGGGCGGAAGAUAUUUGAGCGUGGAUAUUGGCCAAAGGAGGAUGAUAGGCAGGCGGAGCUUGAGCUCCUUGAUGAACGCCUCAAAGACACAGAUGGCCAUAUCGAGGACGACACGGGGAGAGAGGAGACCUUGGUGGACGAUCGGUGGACACGGAUUGCACGAUGUGCGGUUGGCAUUGCAAACGUAGUGGACGGAUUUACAUGGGUGGAGGGCACGAGGCAGUGGCUGGUGGAGGGCUUACUUGCACAGAAGGUCCGGCGAUGGCAGGAGCUUGACCGCAUCGAGCGCGAGGAGGAGGAACGGAGACGAAUGGGCCGACGAUGGGAUGAUUCCAUGGAUAUCGACGACGAGCCGGCGUAUGAGGAAAGUAGUGAUGAGGACGACGAAAAUGACUCGGAAGAGGUGAAAGCGCUCAAGGCUCGGCGUAAAUAUCUACAAUCUCUGAUCCAAGCAACGUCUCAGACCACGAUAUCACCACCUCGACACCCACGAUCCAACAAGGCUAAUAAAGCUGCCAAUGGCCGACCACCUCUUUCUAUAUUGCCUGGCUAUACCAUUCUCGUCGUUGAUACCAACAUCCUGCUAUCCUCUCUGCCAUUGCUCACACCGGUCAUCGAAAGCUUGCGAUGGACGGUAGUUAUACCAUUGCCUGUUAUCAUGGAGCUCGACGGCCUUGCGACGAAUAUGUCUACCCUUGGCCAAGCUGCUCGAGAUGCUCUCGAAUACGUUACCUCCCAUAUUCGUACCCACUCUAUUUCCUUGAAAGUCCAGACAUCGAAGGGCAACUACCUCACGAGUUUGAAUGUCCGAACGGAGCAAGUCGAUUUCGUGGAUAACAUGACGGGGUCUCUGGCUGAACGGAGUAUGGACGAUUUGAUUCUCAAGGCAGCGAUAUGGCAAGACGAGCACUGGAUUGAUCGCACCUCCAUGCUCAAGGUGGAGCUAAAGAGCGAAGAUAUCAGCGCCGCUGUGAAGGUUGUCCUCAUUACCCUUGAUCGCAAUCUUCGCCUUAAAGCACGGUCGAGAUCGUUACCUGCUGCUAACGAGAAGGAACUCGCAUCGAUCUUUGCCACCGCAACAUAA